AUAAGUUACCAGCUAAGCUGAUCAGCUAAUAAGGGUCAGCGCCAUCUUUACUACUCCAUCUAGCGAUGUUUAUUUUCAAUCCGCGAUUUGUGUCUAGAUAAUAAUUAGUCAAUUUGUGAAAUUACACACAUUAUAUGCAACAAAAAUAUUUUUAUGUAUAUGACGUUUGUGUUGAAAUAUUUUUUGUGGUUAAUUCUAGAUAAAUUAUACAUAAUAAAUAAAUAAAUAAAUAAAUAAAUUAAAUUAAUUAUUCUGGUAAAAAACUUACUAAUUAUUCCCUGAAAAACAAUGGAGAGUAUUUUUCAUGAAAAGCAAGAGGGAUACCUGUGUGCUCAGCACUGUCUUAAUGCACUACUCCAGGGUUCUUAUUUCAAUGCAGUUGACCUGGCUAAUUUAGCGCAGCAGAUGGACGAAGAAGAAAGACUGCGUAUGGCUGAAUCCGGGCUUGAUUCUGAUGACUAUAGACGUUUUAUGCAGCAACCGUCCGAAAAUAUGGAUGAUAGUGGAUAUUUUUCGGUUCAAGUAAUAAGCAGUGCACUGAAAGUAUGGGGUCUUGAAUUAAUACCGUACAACAGCACCGAGCCAGCAGCACUUAUUGCACAAAAUGAUCCUUCACGAAUGAAAGCUUAUAUAUGCAAUUACAAAGGUCACUGGUUCACGAUACGCAAGCUGGGUAAUCAGUGGUUUAAUUUGAAUUCAGUGUUGAGUGGUCCCCAGCUGUUGUCAGAUACUUUUUUGUCAAUGUUUAUUGCCCAGCUGAUUCAAGAAGGUUAUUCAAUAUUUAUUGUUAUUGGAAAGUUGCCCGAAUGUACGGCUGAUGCUGUGAUACUAAAAAAUCCAGUAACAACCGCCAGCAAAUCCAAACCUGAUCAAGCUAAACCAGAAUCGUCAGGCUACAGAUUAGGCACAGCUGAAGAAGAUGAAAGAAAAAAAAUUCAACAAGCAGUUGCUGAUUUUGGACGCGUUAAAGUACCUGGUUCUUCUCUCGCUCAAUCAUCCUCAGGAGGGAAAGAAAAAAUAAUUCCUAUCGUCUUGGAAGACGAUGACGAUGAUGAAUAUGACGAAAAGGCAAACUUGGAAAAAGCGCUACAGCUCUCACUGCAGGAUGAAGAAGCCGACAAAUCGCUGAAGCUAAGGCUAAAUUUAAAUUCAAAGCCUUCUCCUGAACAAGAGGAAGAUGACGAGCUCAGAAAGGCCCUACAGUUAAGUCUGGAGUGUGUCACUGCUCCGACUACUCCUGAUCCUGAUGAUCUUCGUUGGAGACGUCUUGCUUUCCUAAAUAACCUUUCGAGAUCCGGAAAUGAAUCUAAAUUGAAUACUUAACGUUUUAUAAAUUUUUAUUUCUUUUUUUUUAAUUUAACUUUCAAUUUUUGGUAAAUGCUUAACGAACAAAAUUAAUCUAUAUAUUUUUUCUUACAUUACUGUUAAUAUUAAUAUACAUUGUUGAUUUAAUCAACUCGACAAUUUAUACAACUGAUUCAGUCAAUGGACGAUAAUUAUUUUAUUAAAUAUUUAAUAAUAAUUGGGAUUUACGUUUAACUUUGUGUAUUAUAGUAAAUUUAUUAUAAAUAAACAUUAAUUUAUAAUUUUA